AAUGGCUAUUUUUGUCAUUUUCUCUAAAAAAAUAUUUAAACCAUUUAAUAUCCCUUUAAUUUAGUAAAGUCAGUUUUAAAACCCUAUAUAUCAUCGACCCCUUUUUGCCGAAACCCAUAACCAGUUCAUCACAAUUGUUGACACCAUUCACCAUUGAUAGAAAUUCCACUACCCAGUUAAUGGCAGCUGGCGCCGACGAUUGUGUGGUGGAAGAGGAGAGUAAUAAGAAGGUUAUUAUAAGAUUAAGGGGAAAACCUGCUGUUAUGAACACUACAAAGCAUUUAUGGGUUGGGGCUGUUGCUGCCAUGGUUUCAAGAACAUUUGUUGCGCCACUUGAAAGAAUAAAGCUUGAAUACAUGCUUCGUGGUGAACAGAAGAAUCUUUUCAAGCUAACUAAAUCAAUCGCUUCUUCUCAAGGUUUAAAAGGGUUUUGGAAGGGAAACUUCGUUAACAUUCUUCACACAGCUCCAUUUAAAGCCCUGAAUUUUUGUGCAUACGAUUCCUAUAGAAAGCAACUUCUCCGGUUAACCGGAAAUCAAGAAACAAUAAAUUUUGAACGACUCUUCGUCGGUGUUGGCGCCGACAUGACUGCUAGCAUUCUUUGCUUACCACUCGACACUACUCGAACAAAGUUAGUGGCGCCUGGAGGUGAAUGAUUGGGAGGUGUGAUAGGGGUUUUUCGCCAUAUUAUUCAAAUAGAAGGAUUCUUUUCUCUUUAUAAAGGAUUGGUUCCUUCAACUUCUCUCGCGACCUCUGAUCCAGAAACCGUGUUCAACAUCAAAUACUUCUCUCGCGAUCAGCGCUAUAACCGCCCACCCAUCCGCCGCACCAUGUUGAACAAAGAUGAUAUCGUUAAAGCAAUGAAGGAGAAGUCCACGUUUGAUGUUGUUGAUUUCACUAUGGUUUACUUGACAACUGUAGUUUAAGAAGACUACAAUGUUUGUGGCAGAGGUUAUUGCAAGUAAUCAGGAAUGGCUGGAAGAAUGCUAUGAAGACCUAAUAGGAAUAACUUGAAGAAUGAAUAAAGUUUGAUCAUACUCUCAAUAGGAUGUUGUUAUUUUUUUAGAAUUUUAUUAAUUUUUGUUGAUUUUCUUUUAAAAUAUGUAUAAUUAUAUUAAAAUGUAUAAGGCUUUUAAUCUGUAAGAAUAUGUAUGAAUUUGUAUUUAAGUUCGAAUGUAUACGAAUA